AUGGCUGGUAUGAGGAAAGGAGGCUGGGCAGGAUCCAGGUUGUUCUCCCGUGCCAUCGGGUUGGCCACCUUGGUUUUGUCACUUAUCUCCUUCUCGAGCGUCGCGGAUUGCCUCACUCUGAGACACGCGCUUUUGCAUGCGACCAGAGCACACCCUACUGGGCACCACUCUAUCGUUGUGCCGAGGUCCGACGAAACAUACCCGGUCGAUGCUCUGGCCGAGGGAAAGCUAGAGGAGGAAGCUGCCGCCACCACCGUCAACAAAUACAAGGCUGAUGAGGCGCGCGAAAAGCAGGAUGACGAAGAUGAGGAGGCCGCCGCUGCCGUGGAUGAUCGUAUGCAAACUGAGGAUUCCAUGCAGAGCAUUCCUCUUGACGACGCUGAGGACAACGGUGAUGGCGACAAGGAUACGCUCGGUGAAACAGAUUUCACCGCUGAAAAAGCACUCGACACCGACGACUCUGAAACUACAGAAGGUGACGCAGGGGACGACAACAACGGAAAGAACGACAGCGACGAGAUGGCCGCUCUGAACGAAACUGAUGGUGCCGACGAUGCCUCUCUCGCCGACUCAUACCUGGAGGAGAACUCAAAUGUAGCAACGAAAUCUCCCGACCACUCACAUCUCCGUCUGGUUGGCCGCAAGUUCGAUCCCCCAAGCAAAUUCCACAACUUCAAGAAAGCCGGCCGUGUAAUAAAGGCCGUGUCACGCAUGGGAGCUGAGUACGCGAAGAAGGGCCUGAAAAAAGCCACAGAAGCAGCCAAAAGGAGCGCAUCCAGAUUUGCCCACAGGACGGGGAAUGUGGCGAAGAAGAUCAGAGAGUACGUCGCCAAACAUCAUCACCAGUAG